CUCCUUGACCUCCCCAGCCAAAGCAACGACCGCAAAAAGCACCACCUCUACCCGGUCUCCAAGCGCUACCACUACCUCUUCUUCCUGGGCACCGCGACAAGCGCGCAAGGCCAAGGACUCGGCGGCGCCAUCAUCAAGCGCUCCCCCAAACCCUCCCUGCCCGCCGGAGAGACGCCCCUGGAAUUCCUCCCCAUCUGGCUCGAGUCCUCCACCGAGGGCUCCCGCCGCCUCUAUGAGCGCUGUGGGUUCCGCCAGGUAGGCGAGAACAUCGUCCUCGGCGGAGGAACGCAUGAUCGCACCGGGAGGCCUGUGCCCAAGGAGCAAGCUGGCACUGGAGAUGGCGUGUUUGUUUUUCCGAUGAUUUGGAUUCCCGAG